UUCAUUUGGGGCACCACUAAACAAACCUUUCCAUCAUCAGAAUUUUUUCAUUUGUCAGAAAUACUUGCUAACAGUGUUGUUGGGCUUUAUACUGGAGUUUCCUUCACAAGAGAAACUGGCAAGAAGACCUUCUACUCUGUAACUAAAACCACAUCCUUAAACCUGCAGGAUUGUUUAUUCCAGUGCGUUGCUCUGCAGCAUUGUGACACUGUGGAGUUUAAGGAAGGGAAUAAAGAGUGCACCCUUGGUCAAAAACAAGGGAUUUGGCAGGAGGCCAGCUACAGCUCAACUGAGAUCUGGGCAAUGUCUAGACCUACUGGCUGUAUUCCUGAUGAAUGUCUGAAACCUUCAACUCGUAGAUUAGGAAAUAAUUUUGCAGUGCUUUUAACAGCUUCCGCCUAUGAUUGUGGAUGUAAAUGUGUGACUACCAGGGGAUGUACUGACUUCAGUUACAGAAUCUCUUUAAAGCAGUGUUACUUAAAGAAUAUAGUUACCAAUCCUGAGAUUCAUAAUGAUCAUGUUUCUGGGGUUCUUAAUUGUUAACGUAUGUAACAAGAUAAUGUGAACAAUUAAUUGUAAAAAGGAGAUAACAGAAUAAAAUAUUAAAAUUA